UUGAAAAAAAUGUAAUUUAAAACGCUUUAUUCUCUCGGUCCUGCUGGAAGAGGUAAGCCUAUCCUCAGAAGACCUUCGCCUGACAGGUGAAGCUCGGGGAAUAAAUUCCGGAGUGUCUGCCAGCAAGGUUACCAAGGCGACGUGAGCUGUGGUGUUAGCCGUUAGCUGUUGACUUCGGGCGGAGGGGACUCUCAUGUUUGUUUACAGGAGCACUAUUCGAACAUGGCGGAGCUGCAUAUCAUAGGUCAGAUCGUGGGGGCCAGUGGUUUUCCGCAGAACAGCCUGUUUUGUAAAUGGGGAGUUCAUGCGGGUGGAGCAUGGCGUCUUCUGUCAGGGCUGAAGGAGGGGCAGACUCAAGUGGAUAACCCCCAAACAGGAGACAUGGCCUACUGGAGCCACCCCAUUGACCUCCACUACGCCACCAAGGGGCUCCAGGGGUGGCCGAAGCUUCACCUCCAGGUCUGGCACCAGGACUCUUUCGGCCGCUGCCAGCUGUACGGAUACGGGUACUGCCACGUCCCCUCCAGCCCCGGACAACAUCGGAUAAGCUGUGCGACAUGGAGGCCGGUGGGCACCUGGCAAGAGCAGCUGUCCCGAAUGUUUGUGGGUGGAGGUCCUCAGCUGAGGAACCCGGACUUGAUCUACACUGGGGCGGACAGAUACAGACUGCACACCGAGGCCAUGGGGGUGGUGGAGCUGGAGCUGGGCAUUAUCCUCCGAAGAUUUGACAAAUAUGGCGUCGAGAGCUAACACCAUGAAACAAAAGUGACUACACUAAACUCUGAUGGAAUUUGUGCUUUACCGAGAAUUUAAGUGACGUUGAUUUUAUUAUUAUUUUUUACUUUCGUUGAAAUACGUUUGUGUUUUUAUAUACGCUAAAGACAAAUAAACUGUUAUCUUCAUGAAGUUAGUUUCUCA